CCCACACCGUGUUUAUACUGUAUGGCUUUGUACGUGGUGUUAGGAUUUAAAUGUCAAAUAAUUCCGAAUAAUAAACGCGACCGAUGAAACAAAUUUUGAUGGAACAGCGAUUCAUCAUAGAUUGUUUUCAAUUACCCUGAAAAUUGUUGCAGAUCGUACAAAGUUUACUGCCGGAGUGUAUGUUGCAUUAGGGUGAAGGUAAAAUGGCAGGCGGGGUUGAACUAUUCCUUAGGAUCGUACUGCCAAUGCUUGUACUUAUGACCAUGGCACAAGGUGCCAAUGGCAGUCAGGCAGAAAAAGAUUUGAUCCAAGAUUUAUUACGUAAUUAUGACGUCAUGGUGAGGCCUAUCGAUAAAUACAAUGACAUCAUCAACGUAAGCUUUGCUGUGACACUUCAACAAAUCGUCGAUCUGGAUGAAAAGAAUCAACUUCUUACAACCAGCAUGUACAUGGGAUGGACCUGGAAUGACACGUAUCUUAAAUGGAAUCCGGACAAUUAUAGCGGCAUUGUAGAAAUAAGACUGCCAGCUAAGAAAGUGUGGAAACCCGACAUAUUGGUGUAUAACAGUGCGGUUGAUUCAUUUGAUCAAAUGCUUCAAACCAAUGUGGUAAUUUGGUCGACUGGUGCCGUGGAAUGGUUACCCCCUGGUUUGUUUAAAACUACCUGUGACGUAGACAUUCGGUACUUCCCCUUUGACGAGCAACGAUGUACGAUGAAGUUUGGUGCGUGGACAUACCAUGGAGGGAUGGUUGACCUCGCUCUACCCGAUGAAAAUGCAAUUCUCGAUAAUUAUAUUCCAAGCGGAGAAUGGGACUUGAUAUCCAUGAAAGGACAUCGGACAUCGGUUAAGUACGAAUGCUGUCCUCAUCCGUUCGUGGAUGUCACAUACACCAUACACAUGCGAAGAAGAACAUUAUUCUAUGGUUUCAACCUCAUACUACCGUGUGUGCUGGUCUGCUCGUUGACUAUUCUAGUUUUUCUGCUUCCAGCAGACUCUGGUGAAAGGAUAACCUUGGGUAUAACUGUGUUGCUUGCACUGGUCGUCUUUCUACAACUGGUGGCUGAUAAUCUACCCCCUACUGACGUCAUACCGUUGCUUGGUAUCACACUGGUUCUAUCUCUGCUUGUUUUCAUGGUUCCAAUCGUCGAAGUGAUUCCACAUUCCCCCAUUACGUCAUCUGUUUGUAAAUAUUUCGCCUGUAGCAUCGUCAUGGUAACUGCAUCGGUGGUCUGUACAGUGAUAUCUCUUAAUUUUCAUCACACAACAUCUGCCAACACGAACACCAUGCCAGGCUGGAUACGCUUCGUUUUCUUAAAUUUUCUUCCCCGGAUUCUCCGAAUGAAAAGACCUGGUGAGAAUAGUUUCCGAAGGAAGUUUUUGGACAACCAAGCGGAGGUGGUUAUGGAUGGAAAAGUUGAAGAAUAUCCUCUUAUGGUGGUGAGGGCGGGAGAAAGGUUGGGAAAUUGGAUGGGAACAAACCAAACUGAGCUCUCACCUCUGAAUGAAGCUAAAAAGGAGCUGAAUGAUGUCCUGCAUGAGGUUCGGUUUAUCACCAGUCGAAUGCAUAAUGAUGAUGAAGAUGAAAAGAGCGCACUCGAGUGGAGGUUUGCAGCAACUGUAUUGGACAGGUUUUGCGUGAUUUUCUUUAUCAUCUAUUUUGUCGUGUCUACACUCUUCACCAUCGCUGUGGCCCCAGGUGUACUACUUCCACCUGACAACUGAUGCGAUUCCGAUUCAAAUCAACUUUCGUGUAGUGCCUUGUAUCCAAAAUGGUUUGUGUGCCAUCGUAUCAUGUACAGUGCCUUGCUUUACUUUUUCAAAUUAGAUCCAUGUAGUUGCUGUAGUUAAAUUGCGGUGUUGUUUUCAAAAUGCUUAAGCCAAAUACAAUAAAUAGUAUAACUCAUGAAA